GGAGUAUUUCACGAUCUUAUCGGAAACAACUCAUGUCGGAGGCACAAUAUCAGCAUGAUUCAUAAUUGUGCAGCUGUUACCUUGCCCAGUGAACUGCACCAGGUUUUUCUCAUUGAAAUGCGAAUACAUUUGGAAAUCGAGUGGUGAACAUCAAGAUAAAUGGAAAAGGGAUCUUACAUGCAUUGGACCAUGGAGUGACCACUGUGCCAUUGACGGCCAUUGAACCAUAACUUGUUUUGAAAGUUGGUGACAUUUUUAUUGAAGCCACUAUGCCUAAUGAGCAUUCUUGCCUGAGUGAAAGAGCACCUCGCUCAUCCAGCAAGACUUCUAAGGCAAAACCUCUAGCAUCACAGGGCCCUGCAGACACAGACCGGUCCCACCGACAAGUAUUACGCUGCAGCUCAGAAAAGGAUUCUGGAUAUUCUGAUAAUGGGUCUGACUGGCAACAAAUGGAGGGGGAUGACCAGUGCAGCUGUGUGAGUGAACCUCAGGGCAUGGACACUCUGCAGGGCCAGGGGACUGUCAAGCCCCUCCACCAGGGCAGCACCAUGCAAGGCCAGGGAACCAGUGAGCUCACCCCCGUCUACGUCCUUAAGAAUGUUGUGUUAAAAAAGCCUGAACCAGUUCAACAUGGCAGUGAUCACCUCAUCCAAAGUCAGCUGACAUGGAGCAACACAGGAGGACCUAAUUCCUCUGGCCCCACCGGCCCCACCCAUGUGAUCCUCCUGCAGCCACCCAGCAUGUCCUUGCCUUUGCCGUCCUCCACUAAACUCCGCAAGCCUCCGUCUCGCAGGACCAAUAAGAAAACCAAAGGCACGUUCUUGCCCAUCCUGAACUCUUACACUCGCAUCGCUCCGCACCCUAGCAAGAAGCUCCACGACAAACUCCCAGCCGGCCUGGGGAAAGUGACUGAUAGUGAGGGUCAGAGCCUGAGCAAGAGGAUAUGUACAGAUGAUAAGAGAGACGAGGUGUCCACCACCACCAUUGACUUGCAAUUGCCGAAGCACCACCCUCACAAGCAGUCUGAUUCCAGAGUCCAAAGUUUGCAGUCACAAACUAUUGCUUACCCUCCCUCCAGCCCCUCCACAGUCUUUUCAAGCCGGGGCUGCCCCUCUGUCUCCAGUUCGGAACUCUCCACUAUUUCCUCAUCCUCCAACAGUUUUUCAUCACUGUCAGCCACUAGGGAGCCCCACAAUGGCCUCUUAAAUGCACACCAUCGCCGUUUCCACAACACACUGGAGAUCCUAAGCCAAUCAGGCCUUUUGGACAUCACCCUACGCAGCAAGGACCUGCUGAGCCAAAGCAAAGCCACCAAAAGAGACAUAGCCCAGCUGCGUCAACACACUCAGCUGCUGUGUCAGGCUGCCAGCGGCAGAGGAGGCGUCACCUUGGAAAGCCUGCACCAGACGAUGGAAGAGUCGGGUGUCUACCCCACUCUCAAGUGCCUGGACAAAGUGGAAGCACUUCAUUAUCCAGUAAAUGCCAUUGAUCCUGACUGCAGAGGUACAGUUGGGGUCAACACCACCCUCAAUGGAUCCCAUGCACAAUCGUCGCCUCCUAUCGUCUCAGCGCAAGAGCCAUUGUGGUGGAAUUUUCUAUGAUUGAAUGUCUGAAGUCAGAAGAAUUUGUCUUUAUCUGUUUAUUCUUGAAAUCA